AUGUCCGAUCCGCCGUCACACAAACGCUCCAAGAGCUCUCGAGUGCUCAACCUCCUGCGUAGUGACAAUCCUCCACGGGAGAAUGCCUCUGACCCAGAUUCGCCAGUCACCACCACUACUUCCACCACCGGUCCAUUUGUGCAACUCGCUACUAUGACCUCGCCGACCCAGGCCACUCCCACCGACAGUCAACGACUCGCACCUCUCACGCCCUCCAUUACAAAAGCGUCUCAGUUGUCGAUGGAUCCCGCCGAGCUCUCAUCCGGUUCGGAUGUGUCUCUUAAGGUUCCUUCCGGCGUUUCCCCGGGCCACAACGCCUCCAUAGAGGACUCGGUGCGAACAUUCAGGGUGUUCGAAGUGCUUCGGGGCAAAGAUGCCGCCGCCAUCUCAAAGGCCAUUGCCGAGACGAUACCUUCACCGAGCAACCCCCAGCCGAUUCCCGGCACGACCAUCCUUCAUCUAGCGGUACAGUGUGCCGAGCCUCAGGUGGUGGAGCAAGUGAUAAGAGAAGGAAAAGGUCUUGAUGUCAAUGCCCAAGAUCGAGAGGGAAAUACUGCUUUGCAUUUGGCCGCGCAGCUGGGCCGCGCGCCUAUUGUACGAGACCUGCUUGACCGUCCCGACAUCAAUGAUGCGAUACCCAACAGGCAAGGAAAAUUGCCCAUAGAUCUCGCUCGGACACCAGACAUCUUUCAACAGCUGCAACUUUCCCGGUCAAUCUUCUUGGAUGACACAGUCAAGGAGAUCCACACUGCGCUGGCACAGGGUGACUAUAAACGAAUCGAGACUCUACUGGUAGAGCCUCGCGUCGAAGGCACUCUGGAUGUCAACGCAUUGGAGCUUGCCACCGAACCAGUGACGGUUCAAACUGGAGGAACCCUGCUGCACGAAGCGGCGCGCAAGCGGGACCUUCAGUUAGCACAGAUCCUCCUGCUGCACGGCGCGGACCCGUUCAGGAGAGACCGCAAAGGCAAGCUUCCUCAAGACGUCACCAAAGACGAUAGGACCCGGGCCAUUUUGAAGAAGUCGCCCGCCGCUGCAGCUGCCCAGCGAGUGAUCCAGGAGAAGGCCAUUCUGGGCGGUCAUCCAUCACAGGCUAGGCACGCUACUGGGACCCUCGACACCACUAAAGAUGCCCGGGAAAUGAAGGGAUAUCUCAAGAAGUGGACAAAUUACACCAGCGGCUAUAAGCUACGGUGGUUUGUUCUUGAAGAAGGCGUUCUCAGCUAUUACAAACACCAAGAUGAUGCCGGCUCUGCUUGCCGUGGCGCGAUCAACAUGCGCAUUGCGAGGCUACACAUGGAUCCACAAGACAAGACCCGGUUUGAAAUUCACGGAAAAUCCUCCGUCAAAUAUCACUUGAAAGCCAAUCAUGUGGUCGAAGCCAAGAGGUGGUUUUGGGCACUCAACAAUGCCAUUCAAUAUGCCAAAGACGAGGCGAGAGAAGAAGAGAAAAGACGCACUCUCGAUGUCGACACUCAGCGCCAUGCCAGAGCCGAGUCAUCGGACCAACUCAGUACGGCGGCGGCGACUAUCCGAUCAAAACAACCUGCUGCUUCGCUGGGAGCUGGAGGGUCAUCGCGAGUGACUCUCCCCCCUUAUGCUGAGGGUGCAUCAAUGUAUGAGUCGAAUGAUCCAAGCCUCGUGGGUGACGAACUUCAACUUAUGAUGACGAAUCCUGCCACUGCAACCUAUGAUGCGGAUGAAGACGGGGAUGGAGAUGAUGCCAGCAGUCGUGAAAUACACCAGCCCGGAAGUAAAGAUGCUCUCAACAUAACUGCACAGUCAGCCAAGCUGCAACUCGAGCUGCUCUCUCGGGUCUCUGCGGCUUUGAUGGCUCGCCAGGCAUCGCACCCCGACACAAACCUGUCCGAUGGAGAUGUCUCCCAGGCGCUCGCGACGUACCAGACUGCUGUGAGCAGUUUGAAUGGAUUGGUUUCGGAUUUGUUGAAGAUAUCUCGAGAUCGAGACUCCUAUUGGCAGUAUCGACUGGAGAGAGACGCCGAUGCGCGUAGGAUGUGGGAAGAGAGCAUGGCCAAGAUAGCCUUUGAGCAUGAGGACCUGAAGAGGGCAAUUGCCGAGUCCGAGGAGAAACGCAAGCGCACCAAGCGGGCAUUAAAGGAGGUUUUAGAAGGCAGAUCUUUACCAGUCAGCCGUCCUAGCUCGCUUGUUCAAAAGGAGGCCGGAGACCAUGUGCAGUUUGAAGAGGCCGUCGAUGAGAAGCCAAUGUCACAUUCCGAAGUCCAGCCUUCAGUGCGGGACCGGGACCGAGCACGACGGAGGUCGUUUACUCGAGAGGGAAACAGAAGAAAGUCCAUCAUUGCGCAAUUUACCGAUCUCUCCGACUCCGAAUCUGGCGACGAUGAGGAAUUCUUUGACGCAAUUGAUUCCGGCAACGUGGAAGUGGUUGAACCACCUCUUCUAAGCCCGCUCCCCGUGCAAGUGCCUCCCGGAGAAGAACAGCAGCAAUACCCCUUCGCACAGGGAGACGAAAGAGCCAAGAAACAGAUGGAGAUUGUUCCGUCUUUCGCUGGCUACGAAGACGGUGUGCGCAAGAAGUUGAAUAUGGACGCCGACAACCGGCCGAAGAUCUCGCUGUGGGGGAUUCUCAAGUCCAUGAUUGGGAAGGACAUGACCAAAAUGACUUUACCGGUGUCGUUCAACGAGCCAACCUCUCUUUUGCAACGGGUCGCCGAAGAUAUGGAAUAUUCGGAUCUCCUGGACAUUGCGGCGGACAGGCCAGAUCCGACCGAGCGACUGGUCUAUGUCGCCGCCUUUGCCGCCUCGGAAUACGCCAGCACCAUCGGCCGCGUGGCAAAGCCGUUCAACCCACUGCUAGGGGAGACGUACGAGUAUGUCCGGCCUGACAAAGGGUACCGGUUCUUCAUUGAACAAGUGAGCCACCAUCCUCCCGUUGGCGCCGCACACGCCGAGUCCGCGCGAUGGGACUACUGGGGUGAAUCGGCGGUCCGGUCGAAGUUCUAUGGCAAAUCCUUUGACAUCAACCCCCUUGGGACUUGGUUUCUACGGCUGCGGCCCUCGAACGGCGGCCCUCCAGAGUUGUACACGUGGAAAAAGGUGACCAGUUCGGUCGUGGGGAUCAUUACCGGAAACCCCACGGUGGACAACUACGGGUCCAUGGAGAUCAAGAAUUGGAACACGGGCGAAGUGUGCGUGUUGGAAUUCAAGCAACGAGGCUGGAAAGCCAGCUCGGCAUACCAGGUCUUUGGCAAAGUGGUAGGCACCGACGGCGUGACCAAGUGGAGCAUCGGCGGCCGAUGGAACGACAAGAUCUACGCCCGCGCCACAGAAGGCUUCGAAGACCAAGCCGUGGGCGACAGCAGCAAAGCCAACCCGACCAGACUCGGCAGUCAAGCGGGCAACCAGGCGUUCUUGGUGUGGGAAGCCCACGCCCGUCCACAGGGCAUCCCGUUCAACCUGACGCCGUUCGUGGUCACGCUCAACGCCCUCCCGGACAACCUGCGGCCUCACCUGCCGCCCACGGACACGCGGCUGCGCCCGGACCAGCGCGCCAUGGAGGACGGCGAGUACGACCUGGCCGCGACGGAGAAGAACCGCGUCGAGGAGAAACAGCGCGCCGCCCGCCGCCAACGCGAGGCCGCCGGCGACGAGUGGCGGCCCAAAUGGUUCGAGAAGAAGAAACACCCGGUCACGGGCGAGCCGUACUGGGAGUAUAAUGGCCAGUACUGGCAGAAACGGCUCGACCACGAUUGGAGUGUCUGUGAUGACAUCUUCUAG